UCGGUGAUGCUAAACAAACCUAGAAACUAUCCCCAAUGAAUCCUUCCAACAGCGAGAGAAUAAUAUAGGGAGGUUUCAUGGCUUCUUCUCCCUCUGCUUUUCAAACAUUAAUCUUCCGAGGCAUGUUAUAGGCAUGGAAAGUUUCAGCAGAGAAUAAACAAGCCAGAGACACUGAAGGUUGGGAAAGGAUUAAGAUGGACUUUAUUUCAAGGGGACUUUUGCAUUGCACCCCGAAGAACUUUUGAUACAGUAAUCCCAAGAAUUCUCUUUUGGAUGCUGUUUACAUCAUGGAAGAAAAAUCUCUCCAAGGCCUGCUGUUCAGAGACCAAGAUUUUUCAUCUGAUCUCCUAAAGCAACUGAACGACUUGAGACAAAACAGAAUCCUAACUGACGUUCUUCUGUGCACAAACGACAUUGAAAUUCCUUGUCAUAAGAAUGUUCUUGUCUCAAGCAGCCCCUAUUUCAAGGCCAUGUUUUGUAACAACUUUAAGGAGAGCGUCCAGGAAAAAGUCAACCUCCAAGGAAUGGACUCUGGCAUUCUGCAUGCUAUUAUCCUUUACGUCUACACGGGAGAGGUCCUCAUGACUCACGAGAACAUUCUGAGCCUCAUGGAGACUGCUUCCAUGCUUCAGUACAUGAAACUCUUCGAAGCCUGUUCAGCUUACCUCCAGGAUCAGCUUUCUCCAGAAAAUUGCCUCAGUCUGAGCAGGCUUUCUGAAAUCCUCCACUGUCAGGAUCUUAAUCAGAAAGCGAAAGCUAUGGCGCUAAAGUAUUUCCCUGAAGUAGCCACUUCUGAAGACUUGAAAGAACUUUGCGUGUUAGAGUUGAUAGACUAUCUUGGGAAUGAUGAACUUUAUGGAGAGGAGGAACAAGUUUUCGAGGCUAUUAUGGUCUGGGUAAGGCAUGAUCUUCAAGCACGACAAGGCUAUAUUCAAGACUUGUUCAAAAAGGUGAGGCUUCAGUAUGUCCAUCCAACGUUCUUCUUCCGUUUCAUAGCCAAUGACUCUCUCAUUCAGUCAUCCCCCGACUGUCAAAAUAUCUUAGAACUUGCAAAUAAGCAGAUGUUUUCAUUGUAUAGUGUCAGUGCCCCUGACGUCAAACCCAUCUGGCAUGUUCCUCGGCGCUAUUCAUGUCGGGAAUUUCUCCUCUUAAUCGGUGGUCGCAAAGACAAUCAACAAACUACAAGGGAUGUUUUGCUAUAUGAUGAGAAGACAAAUCAAUGGUUGAGCCUCGCUAAGUAUCCAACCCGUGUCUAUAAGGCCUCUGCAGUGAGUCUGCACAGUAAUAUCUAUCUUCUGGGGGGAAUUCCUAUAGGAAAUGGGAGGAACCAAGUCAGCAAUAAUGUUUACAUUUUCUCACUCAAACUUAAUCAAUGGAGGCUGAUAGAGCCCAUGUUAAUAGCACGCUAUUCCCAUAGAAGUGUGGCCUACAAAAACUAUAUCUUUGCCAUCGGAGGUAUAGGCAUGAACCGGGACAUCUUAAAUUCCAUGGAAAGGUAUGAUAGCAUCUACAACAUUUGGGAAGACAUGGCAAAUAUUCCUACUGCAGUUCUGCAUCCUGCUGUAUCUGCCAAAGACCAAAGAAUCUACCUGUUUGGGGGGGAAGAUCUGAUGCAAAACCCAGUCAGGCUAAUACAGGUGUAUCAUGUAUCUAGGAAUAUGUGGUUCCGAAUGGAGACCAGGAUGGUGAAAAACGUCUGUGCACCAGCAGUUUUGAUUGGAGACCGGAUUUUUAUCAUUGGAGGGUACACCCGAAGAGUAAUUGCGUAUGAUACUAAAGACAAUAAAUUUGUGAAGUGUGCAGACAUGAAGGAAAGACGGAUGCACCAUGGAGUAGCAGCCAUCAACAAGAAGCUAUACUUGACGGGUGGCCGUUGUCUUACGGUGGAUAAUGCCAUUGUGGACUCCGAUUCCCUCGAUUGCUAUGACCCUCAGACAGAUACCUGGUGUUCAAAGGGGAAACUACCACAUAGACUGUUUGAUCACGGAUGCCUCACACUUCAGUGUGUGCCUUACGCCAACCUCUUGGAAGAAGGGAAUGAAAAGAAAACUUUUUCCUAAUUGCAGGGAAGAUGCUAGUCAACCUUUCCCAAGCCAACAAAAUGGAUUCAGGAAUCAGUUUGGGAAGGUCCACUAUAACAUGAGGUAAAAUGAGCUCUUUGCCUCAAGCAGCAGAUACAGGGUUUGAUUAAAGCAGUGGUUCUCAACCUUUUUAAAGCCGCGACCCCCAACCGGUCGUAAGUCGAGGACUACUCAACCGGUUGUAAGUCAAGGACUACUCAACUGGUACAGCAUCGUUUGCAGAAUGGGACU